AUGGACGUCAUCGGAAUUGAGAAGGCAGUUUCCAGCCGCCUCGGUUGCAGUGGCGGCCUGGCCGGCGGAGGGUGGAGGACGCUGGUCCUUCUCGUCGUUGCCAUCGUCACGUCCGCUGCGACGCUCUUCGCGUCCUUCUCCUCCUCUACUGGCCGCGUCUCCAUCUGGUUCUCGGUCCCUUUCCCUGCUCUCUCCUCCUACGGUGACGUCGGGUCCAAUUCCUCCUCGUCGUGGCCUACUCUUCCACUCUCGCAUGCUCCUCCGCCGCUUGCUCGUCCUCUUCUGCCUCUUGGUCCUUCUUCGUCCCCUGUUGCAGCUGCACCACCUUCUCCGUCACCGACUGCAUCGUUCGUCGCCUCGGAGACGCCGCCUUCCUCUGCACAUUCUCCUCCUCCUGAUACCGGUGGAACGGCGACGCCUUCUCCUACAGAGCCUGUGAACAACACCAUCAACGAAGCUGUCACCAUCAAUCCGCCUUCUUCUCCAAGUGAGAUUUCUAAUGCUGCAGAAGUGAAGGUGCCGACUUCCUUGCGAGAGACGGAUCUGCAGCUCAUACAAGCCAAGAGAGAGAUUGCUGCUGCACCAAUGAUUUCGAAUGACUCUGAUCUUUAUCCUCCAUUGUUCCUCAACUUUUCAGUCUUCAAGAGGAGCUACGAGCUGAUGGAGAGAAUUCUGAAGGUGUACGUCUACGAGGAUGGAAACCGACCCCUUUGCCACACACCUGUGCUCCGCGGCAUUUACGCCUCCGAAGGAUGGUUCAUGAAGCUGAUGCAGGAAAACCAGCAGUUCGUGGUGAAGGACCCCGAGAAGGCCCACCUGUUCUACCUCCCAUAUAGCUCGCUCCAGCUUAGAACUCAUCUUUACGUCCCCGACUCGCAUAGUUUGCAGCCCAUAUCCAUCUUUCAAAGGGACUACGUGAACUCGAUCUCUGCUAAGUAUCCAUUCUGGAACACGACGAAAGGGGCAGAUCAUUUCCUCGUUGCCUGCCAUGACUGGGUAAGCGGUCUCCCUCUCUCUCUCUCCCUCUCUGCUUAUGAUCAUGUCGUAUUCCUCCUAGUGCAGGCACCUUACACAACAAAGCUUCACAACGAGUUGCGACAGAACACGAUCAAAGCAGUGUGCAACGCAGAUGCUUCCGAGGGGAUCUUCGUCCCCGGAAGAGACGUCUCCCUUCCUGAGACGCACAUCAGAACGCCCGAAAGGCCAGACAGCGACAUUGGAGGAAGACCUGCGUCCGAGAGGGCUAUUCUGGCGUUCUUCGCAGGACAAAUGCACGGCCGCGUCAGACCGAUCCUUGUCGGACAAUGGCGGGGGAGAGACGAGGACAUGAGGAUAUACGAAGCUCUGCCGGCGGCCAUCGCAAGAAAGAUGUCGUACGCCGAACACAUGAGGUCGAGCAAGUACUGCGUCUGCCCCAUGGGGUACGAGGUGAACAGCCCGAGGAUCGUGGAGGCCAUCCAUUACGAGUGCGUGCCGGUGAUCAUAGCCGACAACUUCGUGCUGCCGUUCCAGGAGGUGCUCGACUGGAGCGCGUUCUCCGUUGUGGUGGCGGAGAAGGACAUACCGAGGUUGAAGGAGAUACUGCUAGGAAUCGGUGAAGAGAGGUACAUGACGAUGCAGAUGAACGUGAAGAGGUUGCAGAAGCAUUUUGUGUGGCAUGGGAGGCCGAGAAAGUACGAUCUGUUUCACAUGAUACUGCACUCCAUUUGGUAUAAUAGACUGAACCAAAUCCCCGUCCAAUAA